AUGUACAAGUACAGAAUCGAUGUGCUAGCAAUCAGUGAAACAUGCUUGGACUCUACUGUGAUGAAUUGCGAUCUCGCUAUACCAGCCUACACUCUCUAUCGCCGGGACCGAGCUGAUCGCAGAAAGGGUGGCGGCGUUGCCAUGUAUGUGCAGGAACAACUGAAAUCCAGGCAACUUCAAGUCAACGACAGGCUAGAGACCAUAUUCGUUGGGUUGCACACCCAUAGCCGAACGAAUCCAUUUCUAUCCAUCGGCUGCGUAUACCGCGCUCCCGACAGCCAUGUGGAUUUCUGGGAGCAGCUCGACAAUAGCGUGCAGAUGGCCUCCGCGACAUGUCCGGACAUCCUCCUCCUCGGUGAUUACAAUGUCAACAUGCUCUCUGUCCCACCUCACCCAAACGCCCGCUAUGUACUAGGCCUCUGCGCUGACCACAGCUUACAAAACGUCAUACUACAGCCCACCAGAGUUCCUAGUCAGUCAUGCCUAGACCUUGCACUCAUACCGACAACAAUGACAACGGCUGCUCCGUCUUCCUCUCCCAUGUCUCUUCAUAGUACAUUUGUUCACAGCGUCGAUGGCCUGUCCGACCACCAUCUUAUUGGCCUCUCUGUCCGUGUUAGUAGAGCCAACUUUGAACAGCCACACGAGCAAUUCUCUCGAAGACGCCAACCUAGCCUGGCUCACCUUGACCGUAGUGUAACGUCUGCAGCUCUCAAACACAUCCUUGACCCCUCAGAUGUAUCCGGUGGUUAUACUCUAAAUGCAGCGGCAAGCCACUGGCAACAAAGUGUCAUGACAGUACUAGAUGAUCUUGCACCAUUCGUUACCCAGAAGCGCGCAGCUUACUCCAAACCCCGCCCCCAGCCCUGGGUCACCCCAGAGCUGAAACAGAUGUUUCAUCGACGAAGCUCAGCCCACCGCGCCUUAAUAAAGCACCCCAUGGAUGACCGCCUCCGACAGCAGUAUCGUGCAAUACGUCGUCAAGGAACUUUACUAAACCGCAAACUGAAAAGUGUGUACUACAAAGAUAAGUUCAGUGCCGCUACAGGAAAUCCUAGACUCCAAUGGGCAGUGCUGAAUCAACUAACUGGAAGGAGAAAAUCCCACCCCACACCGAAAGCCUCCCUCUCAUCUUUGUCAGAUACCCUAGGCAAUAUCGUCCAUGAUGAACACCGCGCUGCUCUUACGACCCCAGACACUCCGGCGGACGACUGUUUAGACAACUGCCUUCUCGAAUUCCAACCCGUUACAACAGCAGCAGUAGCGAAGAUUCUCGAACGAUUGAAUACCACGAAAGCAUCUGGAUCAGACGGCAUACCAGCUUACAUCUUGAAACACCAUGCCGCCGAGCUGGCCAAUUCCUUAACUUCCAUCUUCAACCAGUCAUUGUCUAGCGGAAAGGUACCGUCAGCCUACAAACUAGCGUCUAUGUGUCCAGUGUUUAAGAAAGGCGACCCCUACGACAGUUCCAACUAUCGCCCAGUCUCGCUACUGCCCAUUAUCUCCAAAGUCUUGGAAUCACUAGUGCUCCAGCAGCUUCACGACCAUCUGGACAUCACACCCGGAGCAAUUCCAAAUGAACAUCUUCGGACGGGCCAGGAGAUGUUGAAUAAAUAA